GAUGAGAGCAUGGCCUUCUGCUGAAAAUCUUCUUUGUAGGACCAAGUCGUCUAGAAGCUGAAAGAAUAGUAAAAGAUGGUCAAUAUUAUUGGAGCUGAUCGAUUUACCGAACAUGCUGAGCCAUAUGAAAGUGGAUAUUUCACUUUGAAACUCAUAAAAGCUGCUACUCAAAAUUUCAAUCCUGCAAAUAGGAUUUCUAAAUUCGAAGGACUUUACAAGGGAGUUCUUCCAGAUGGGAUGAAAAUUACUGUGAAACGAAUACAUGAGCUUGACUAUUAUUGUACUUAUGAGUUCAAUAACGAAGUAAAGAUUCUAUCAACCAUCAGACACCAAAAUCUUGUUAGAUUGCUUGGACACUGUUCCGAGGACAACCAAUGCUUACUGGUAUAUGAGUGCAUUGAAAACGGCUCCUUGGGUAGCGCGCUAUCCGGUAAUAAUGAAAAUUUGAGAAAGAGGCUCAAUUGGGGCACCAAAAUGAGGAUAUCCCUUGGAAUAGCAAAUGGUCUUGCUUUCCUACAUCAAAAGGAUGAAUCAAAAUCCGUAAUUGUUCACCGAGAUAUUAAGCUCUAUAAUAUUUUUCUCGAUAGGUUUCUUGAUCCCAAGAUAUAUUAUUUCGGUUUAGCUAAGCGUCUUGGAGCCGAUGACACUCACUACACCACACAUAGAGCGUGUGGAACAUUAUGCUAA